UUGUUUCCUCUGUCCUAAAACUCACUGCAUUCGUGAUAAAUGUGAAAGAAAUGACGUUUCCUGUCAACGUAUUAACAGCAGAACCUUAAAUUUAAUACUCGAUCCGUAACUCGUUGAUUUAGCUCAACACCAUCUGCUAGCAGCUAUUGCUUUUAUUCGCUAACGCAAAGAUGGCGGAAGACGAGAAGAGUGGUGAGCCAGCGAAAGACAAAAACGAGCUGCAAAUUUUUAAGGAGCUUGUGGAUGAACUGUAUAAUUUCAGAGAUUGCUAUUUUGAGACUCACAGUGUGGAGGAAGCUGGAAGGAAACAAAGUGAUGUUGCACAGGAAACCGAGAAGACACUUAAGAAGCUGGAGGAGAAAGAAGAUCGCUAUAAACACAAAGCAGAGUUUCUGCUGCAGAAAGGCAGGUGUCUGAACGUAGCUCCAGACUUCAGUACCGUAGCAGAGGAGUGCCUUUCCCGGGCCGUGAAGCUGGAGCCUGGCCUGGUCGAGGGCUGGAACACACUGGGCGAGCAGUACUGGAAGAAAGGAGACUUGAUUGGUGCCAAGAACUGCUUCACUGGAGCCUUGCAGCAGAGCAAGAACAAAGUCUCUCUACGUAACCUGUCCAUGGUGCUGAGGCAGCUGCCAGCAGCAGACAGCGAUGCACAUGGCAAACAAGUGCUGGAGAGUGUUGACAUGGCCCGACAAGCUGUCCAGCUGGAUGUCAAAGACGGGACGUCCUGGUAUAUCCUGGGAAAUGCCUACGUGUCUCUCUUUUUCACCUGUGGACAGAAUCCACAGUUGUCUCAACAAGCUCUAAGUGCCUAUGCACAAUCUGAGAAAGUGGACAGAGCUGCCUCUUGUUACCCGGAGCUGCAUUUCAACCGAUCCACUCUGUUCCAGUACGAGGAGAUGUUCGGGUCUGCGCUCGGCGGCUACAGCCGAGCGGCGGCGCUCGACCCGGCCUGGGAGGAGCCUCCAGAGAGAGAGAAGCAGCUGCUGGAGUAUCUGGAGAAAGUGACAGAACUCAUACAGAACAAGGGGAAGGUGAAGGCACGUCGGUUACGGACCAUGCUCUCCAACCUCAACACGUCGGCUUUGGGUCCCUGUUCCUCCCCUCAGUUCCGUUCGCCCACAGGCCGUGUGGGCAGCCUGGAGCCUCGAACUAUUUCCUCCCUUUCGCAUGGCCACAACGCCGGGGUGGCCGCCUUGGGCAAGGUGGUGUUCAGCCUGGCUUCUGAGGGUCGCAUGGCCUUUACAUUCGGCAUGGUGGACAGCGAGGAGAUGUGUAUCGUCGUGAUGGUUUACAACACAGCGGACAGCUGGGGCGUCCUGAUAGGAGACACUGUAGUCAUUCCUGAACCUCAGGUCAAACGACACAGUAUAACACAUAAAGAUAAGUCGUUUGACUUCAGAAGUAUACGAGUGGACUCUCCUCUGCUGCUCAUCGUCAAUGGCAAGAAACAAAACGUACAAAGUCAGAUUGCUGUCUCUGUUAGUUACAAACCCCAGAGUGAAUGAGCCGAGCGAGAGGCGAAGAGGACCAAGUUUUUUUUGCUGGAUAUGGAAGAACAGUUUGGAUAAUAUGGAAGUAUGAAGAUUCCAAAGUGUGUGCCUGUUUUAUGUGUUGUUUUGUAUAUAGAGCCCUUCACGUUACAUUGUCUUUAGAGGCAGUUUGUUUAUAUUUAUAAAUAUUUCUUUUUUUUUUUUUUUUGUAUUCUGUUGUUGUGGUGACAACAUGGAGUUGUUUUUGUAAAUGGAUGAACCUGUGAUGACGACAAUGUGAUGUCAGAAUUGUGACUUCAGUUUAUCCUAAAAAAAUCCUUUUUCCUCAAA